ACAGGACAAUUGAUUAUUUCCUAUUGCAACGAUUGUGAAAUGGCACACUUCAAAAGUGAAUACCGUUGUAAUCUUAUUAAAUAAUGGAUAUCAUCAAGUGAAUAGGUGAGUCUUGUAGUCAGAGUGAGAGCUGCAAAGCUGCCUUCAGGGGUGAGUAAGGCGAACAAAUUAUGCUUCUUUCUGCAUAUCAUCAACCGAUGUCUCACAAGAGAAGAAUUCGCCCAAGAUAGUCUUAGUUGGGUAGGUUACUCAAUUUCGGUUUAUGUUCAGGGAGGUGCCCAGAGUGCAGCCAAAGCUGAGUGAGCCCUUCCAGGGGUUCACCAAGAAUGCCGAGGUAUGGAACUCCAGGCCCUGCAUGAUUGGCCUCAUUGGCACCUUCAUUGUGGAGCUGAUGCUGAACAAAGGCAUUCUUCAGAUGAUUGGAGUGACGGUGGGUAAGGGUCUCGACCUAUCUCUUUAAUAGUCAUGUUUUGUACUACCAUAUAUUUGCUCCUGUCCCGUUUUAGAAGAUCCGGUCAUACAUGUAAAACUUUGAUCAUUAAUAAUUUUUAAAAUAUUUAGUUUUAAAAUAUAAAAAUUAUAUGUGUGAGUUUGUCUUUAAAAAUAUUUUCAUAAUAUCAUAAACUUAUUAGAUUAUAUCAUAAUAUCGCAUUCUUACACUGCUAUGCCACUGCUACGACAAGCGUGGAUUUGGUGAGUUGACCGGUAAAGAGGGAUUUUGCCAUUUAGGGAAGGAUCAUGUUGGAUUAUGAUCCGAAUUCUU